AUGUCGGAGGAAACAAUUUUGUCUAUGAAUGAUCAGGCAGUUAAAAUUGAACCGCCAGAAUAUUCGCCAGAAGACCUUAAACUCGAAAUAGAAGAUGAUUUUGAUGAUACCGGCGUUAUUGUUAAAUCUGAAUCGUGUUCUGAAGAUCAUAAUACGUGUUUAGAAAGAUUUAUGAAUUUCGAGGUGACAAUUGAAGAAGAAGUCAAACAGGAGUUAGUCGAAACAUCAACUUAUGAGUGUGACGUAUGCAAUAGAUCAUUUGCAGAAUCAGAUCAUUUAAAAGAGCAUGUGGCUGAUCAUAUUCCCAUUCAUAGUAAAAAACGUCUUUUCAAAUGCGAAAUCUGUUAUAAGACUUUUGAUCGAUUAAGUAAUCUGAAAAAUCAUAUACUCAUACACAGUGGUGAGCGCCCCCAUCGAUGCAGUAUAUGCAAUAAGACUUUCACACUAUUAUCUAAUCUGAAAAGUCACAUGCUUAUUCACAGUGGUGAGCGACCUCAUCGAUGCAGUAUAUGCAAUAAGACUUUCACACUAUUAUCUAAUCUGAAAACUCACAUGCUUAUUCACAGUGGUGAGCGACCCCAUCAAUGCAAUAUAUGCAAAAAGACAUUCAUGCGAACAGGUGAUCUGAGUAGACACAUGCUCAUUCAUAAUGGAGUACGUCCCCAUGAAUGCAAUAUAUGCAAAAGAACAUUUAUAGAAAGAGGUCAUCUGAAAAGUCACAAGCUGAUACACAGUGGAGUAAAACCGCAUCAAUGCAACAUAUGCAAAAAAACAUUUACGCAAUCAGGCAGUCUGAAGAGUCACAUGAUGAUACACAGUGGAGCACGUCCCCAUGAAUGCAGUAUAUGCAAUAAGAUAUUUGCACUAUUAGGUAAUAUGAAAAGUCACAUGCUGAUACAUAGUGGAGUACGUCCCCAUGAAUGCAGUAUAUGCAACAAGACGUACACGCAAUCAAGAGGUCUGAAAAGUCACAUGCUGAUGCACAAAGAAGUACGCUCUCAUGAAUGCAAUACAUGUAAUAAGAAAUUCAAACAUUUAAGUAAUUUGAAAAGGCACAUUCUGCUUCAUAAACAAGAGCAUCCUGAUAAAUGUGAAGUCUGUAAAAAGGAAUUUACUCAAUCGAUGGAUUUGAAGAGACACAUGGCACUUCAUAGUUAG